AUGUCCGAUUUGUCAGAUCUCGACCGACAAUUAGAACAAUUACGACGAUGUGAAUUAAUUAAAGAAAGCGAAGUUAAAAUGUUAUGUACCAAAGCACGUGAAAUACUUGUUGAAGAAAGUAAUGUUCAAUGUGUUGAUUCACCUGUUACAAUAUGUGGUGAUAUUCAUGGACAAAUGUUUGACUUAUUAGAAUUAUUUCGCGUUGGAGGCGAUGUUCCACAAACAAAUUAUUUAUUCUUAGGCGAUUUUGUUGAUCGUGGUUUUUAUAGUGUUGAAACAUUUUUAUUAUUACUUGCACUUAAAGUUAGAUAUCCUGAUCGAAUAACAUUAAUUCGUGGUAAUCAUGAAUCUCGUCAGAUUACACAAGUUUAUGGUUUUUAUGAUGAAUGUUUAAGAAAAUAUGGUUCAAUUAUGGUAUGGCGUUAUUGUACAGAAGUUUUCGAUUAUUUAAGUUUAUCAGCUGUUAUUGAUGGAAAAAUUUUUUGUGUUCAUGGUGGUCUUAGUCCAUCAAUAAAUACACUUGAUCAAAUUCGGCAAAUUGAUCGAAAAAUGGAAGUACCACAUGAUGGACCAAUGUGUGAUCUUUUAUGGUCUGAUCCAGAAGAAACACUUGGUUGGGGUGUAAGUCCACGUGGUGCUGGUUAUUUAUUUGGUAGUGAUGUUGUUUCACAAUUUAAUCAAACAAAUAAUAUUGAUUUAAUUUGUCGUGCACAUCAACUUGUUAUGGAAGGUUAUAAAUGGCAUUUUAAUGAAACAGUUUUAACAGUAUGGUCAGCACCAAAUUAUUGUUAUCGUUGUGGAAAUGUUGCUGCUAUACUUGAACUUGAUGAACAUCUUAAUCGUGGUUUUACAAUAUUUGAAGCAGCACCACAAGAUCAACGUUCAUCAGCAACAAAACGUGUUAUACCCGAUUAUUUUCUUUAG